UUUUCUCUUGUGGUGUGUGUGUGUGUGUGUGAGAGAGAGAGAGAGACAGAGCAGAAAUGGCGGCGCGCUCUUCCCGCGCCACGUCCUUCCCCCGGUGCGGCGCGCGCGGACUGUGCGCGAUCCCCGGCGCGGUGCCGCUGCUGCUGCUGCUGAGUGCGGUGCUGUUCGGCGGGGUUCGGGCCGGGCUCUACACGGGAUCCGAUCAGGUCGCCAUCUUGACUCCGGACAAUGUGGAUGCGGUUCUGUUCCAGUCCCACUCCGCUACACUGCUCGAGUUCUACGCGUCCUGGUGCGGACACUGCGUCGCCUUCUCCCCGGUGUGGAAGAAACUGGCCAUGGACAUCAAGGACUGGAAGACGGCCGUGCGCUUGGCGGCGAUCGAUUGUGCCGAAGAGACGAACCAAGAAGUGUGUAAGAGAUUCGGCAUCACGGGAUAUCCGUCUCUGAAGUUCUUCCCUGCGUUCUCCAGUACCGACACUAAAGGUGAAGAUAUUAGAGGCUUCCCCCGUGAUGUCGCAGGUCUCCGUCAGAUCAUUAUCGAUAAACUGGAGAGUCAUAAAGACCCCGGCCCCCCGGCAUGUCCUCCGCUGGAGAAGACCAGUAAGCAAGAGAUCGACAGUUAUGCAGAGACCAGCAGGGGGCAGCACCUGGCGCUGGUGUUCGAGAAGGACGACUCCUAUGUGGGCCGGGAGGUGAUCCUGGACAUGCUGCAGUAUGAGAACAUCACGGUGCGGCGAGUCUGCCCUAUGAAUGAACUCGUGGCUCAACUUAAUGUGACGGAUUUCCCGUCUGUUUAUCUUUAUAAAACACACACCGACACCAUCAGACUGAACGUGAUAAAGGAAGCUCGUACGUUUUACUCCUACGCCCUCCAGAGGUUACCUGGUGUAGUGCGACAAGGACAACCUCGUCCCGAAGUCACUGACUUGAUCAGGAACAAGACGGAGGAGCAGUGGAGACCAUUUGACAAGGCACGUGUGUACAUGUCUGAUCUGGAAUCUGCUCUGCAUUACUCUCUCCGAGUGGAACUAGCGUCUCAUACCGUCAUUUCAGGAGAAGCUCUCUCUGCUCUUAGACGCUACAUCAGUGUGCUGGACAAGUAUUUCCCAGGCAGGCCUCCAGUGAAAAAUGCUUUAAAGGCAGUGAAUGAAUGGCUGCAGAAGCAGGAGGGAACAUCGAUAAACUACAGCGACUUCAGAGAGAUUCUGAACACAAUGAGCACUGACUCAUAUCUUCCUAAAGUUGUGAGGUGGGUGGGGUGUCAGGGUUCGAAACAGCACUAUCGAGGUUACCCCUGCGGAAUGUGGACACUAUUUCACACACUGACAGUUCAGGCCCUAGAAACAGGAAGUACAGACCAUCAGGAAGUGCUACAGACGAUGAGGCAGUAUGUCAGGAGUUUUUUCGGCUGUCGUCCGUGCGCAGUUCAUUUUGAGAACAUGGCUCAGGAGAGUAUGAAAUUCGUGCCCUCGCUGAAUGCUGCAGUCCUUUGGCUCUGGUCUCGCCACAACCGAGUCAACGCCCGCCUCGCAGGUGACCUGAGCGAGGAUCCUCACUUCCCCAAAAUCCAGUGGCCUCCUCCGGAACUGUGCCCAGCCUGCCACAGCCUGGAGGACAACAGGGAGCACGUCUGGGACAAAGACAAGGUGUUAGUCUUCCUUAGGAAUUAUUACUCCGCUCAGAACCUCUCACGUGACUACCUGUCUGACGAUGUGGUGCCGCCGCAGACGGAAAGGCGCAAAGCCAGGGAGGCAGUGCCUGAGCAAGCUCAGGAAGCGGGAGAGGCAGUGGAGGACGAAGAGAUGGUUGAGGAAGUAGAUGAAGUCCCUCAGGAUGAAAGAUCUGCGUCGGAGGCACCGCCGCGUAAGCCGAGCAUCGUUGGACUCAGGCUUCGUCAGUUCAGAGAGAACAUCGUGGACUUGGACUCGUUCAUCCUCCAGCACUACAAGGCUAAAGCACCGCUCAAGGGACAGGAUGUAGAGGGUAAGGUGGAGCCACACCCGGAGAACAUGAGGAGGACCAAACGUGAUCUGACUGCACAAAAGCCGAAAGGGUUAGCGCUGGAGAUGGAGGCGGAGCCAGAGCUGUACGGUCAGUCUCGGAGUACGCGCCUAAUGUCCUUGCUCAGCGUUGGGUUCUCACGGCUGGACGUGAGUCUGUGUGUGACGCUCUACCUCCUCUCCACGUUCUGCAUCGUCGCCAUGUGCCUGUACUUCAGAAUGAAACGGCGCCAACGCAGGACGAAAGUGGCACUGCCAUAAUCCACACAAACCAAAGAAUGGACCAAUGGCACACUAAGAUAAAAGAAUUAGCAUAAAACAGGUCACUUUUACUCACUGGAUAAAAACCUUAAUCAAUGUUGUAAUUUCAUCGAUGUGUUGAUUUGUCAAGUGAAAAAUCUAGCUAGGCACGGGGCAUCGCAUAGCUUUACCCAGUCAACACCUGUCGCUAGUUUGCCUGCUAGCAAGGAAUGUCGUAAGGUCAGCCACGAAAGCGUUCGACAGCUUUGUCUCUUUUUCUCACGUUCACAAAAAUCAGGGAAUCUCUGCAAGUACUGAAAAAAUGAUAGUUAUAAUGUAGGCUUGUGAGAUUUUUCUUUUGCCAUUUAAAAAAAUCUACCAUUUUAUUGAGGAAAUAAAUAACUGGUCUAUUUUUGAGUGCUGGUUUUACACAAAAAGUGUCAAUAUUGGUCUGUUAAUAAAAAUAUAACUGGAGUGUGAACAUCACUAGUGAUCGUGUAUUGCACAACAUUAGCCUUUUAACAUUAGCAGACCUGGAGGAUGCACGCUAAAAGUGUUGCUAAUGUAAUAAUAUAUUAGAGCAACAGACGCUUGGGGUUUCUGUGUCUAAAUUCUAAACUAGCUACUGUGACAUAAAAAAGAAAAACAAAAGAUACGCAAAAGCAGAUAAGUUUGAAUCCAAAUAUAAACCAGAGAUAUUCUGCUGGAGUGAUUGAAUGUAAGUACUGACGCUUCGAAUCAUUCGGCUGAUUUAUUUCUCACCUCGGAUCGAGUGGAUUGAACUCUGUUGCCUAACAGUAUUUCACAGAAUCAUGCAAUAAAUAAAUAAAAUACUU